CUUGCAUGUUUGCUUACUCUAACGUUACCUGUUUGAAAUGUGCAUUCCAAAGAGAGGACAUCACAUUUCACCCCUCUAUCAAAAAGUUCGCCCUGCUUUGAGUCACGUGGUUUAAGAAAAUGGCUUCUUGAAACGAAUUUUGUCAAAUGUGUUGCUAAAAGUAGAAAUUAUAGCUACCUAAAACUGAAUGCGAGUGUUACUAUUGGACUGAAGGGUUUGUAACUUCAAUCUCAGAAAUCGUUAUGCAUAAGUAACCGUUCUACUUUCAUUUUUUCACGAUUCUCAGGAAGAUGGGUGUGCAGCAGAUCUCAACUGUCGUAACAUAAGAUAGCUUACAGUAGCUAGCUAACUAAAACAUCUGUCUCGAUUUCAGCACCAAAGUCAACCGAACAACAUGCCUCGGAAUAAGCGAGAGAACAGAGGCACCGAUGAUUGUCCCAGGAAACGACGACGAGCUCAGGAAGAGGGCAAUGUCGUCAUCUCAGACAGAGACGAGGAUGAAGACUUCAGACCGACAUCAUCAUCAUCAUCAAGAGGAGAGCGCAAACGGGAGAAGGAAAGUAGAACACGAUCAAACGAGAUGACAGAGGAGGAGAUGCUGGACCUGGCCAUGAGACUGAGUAAACAGGAGGCCAGCAGCGCUGCUCUCCGGCAACGACAGGAGGAAGAGGCCGUGAGGAAGGCCAUCGCUGAAAGCCUCUACGUAAGUGCAGACAGCCAUACUCAUCCCCACUCAGAAUCUUCGCUCCGGUCAGGGAGCCCUACACAACAAUGUCAAAAUUCUCCUCCAGAGGGAGAGAGCAGCAUACAGCCCCCCAGGUGUAAACUCUCCUACCCUAACCAUGGUGUGGCUGACAGGGAGGGAGCCCGCGGUGGAGGUGUUCAUGUAGGGGCGGCUCCCUCAGACAGGAGGAGGAGGGGGAAGAAGGAGGGAAGCCCAUUACUAGAUAUGCCUGACCUGUCUCAGACCCAGAAGGUCUACUCCCAGUCCUCCCCCCUCAGCCAAGCUUCCACCUCAGUGCCUCUCCCAUCCUCACAGGAAGAGGGGUCUUCUCAGAGGAACCUUUUUGGAGACCGCUCAGUCAAGGCAAUUGAAUCUCAGGACUGCAACAACUCCACAAAGAGUGACUCCCAGUCCCAACUCAGGAUCAAGUCCCCUGUUUUCCCUUCCACUACGGAUCCCCAAGCCAACAAACUUGUCCUGUGCCUGGAGAAGCUUAGCCAGGACCUCCUAGUAGACUGUCAGGCCUCUGGGUUCCUACUAAAGGGUCAUCCCAGCUUAACGCUUCCCACAAAGUCCCAGAUAUCUCAAUCUUAUCAGCCCAAGAGCCCCACAUUCUCCAAUACCCCUGUGUUUUCCAAAACAGAGAGAGGUGUGGAACCAGGCCAAAGUAGUCCCUCCUUUCCUAAACGCGCCAUGUUCUCUAAUUGUGAUUCAGGAGAGGAAGAAAAAGAGGCCAGUCCCACCAUUCCUAAAAGCCUGGUCUUUUUCAAGACUGAUAGAGGAAAGGCAGAGGAACAAGGGAGUCCAACUUCUCCUAAAAGCACCAUGUUCUCUAAGACUGAAAGAGGACCAGAAGAGAAAGAUACCUUCUCUGGAAGUCCAGUCUUUCCCAGAACUGAUCAGAUAAGGGACCAGGGUCCACAGAGCUGUGUUGAAAGUGUCUCUGCAACAGGAGACUAUGAGGAUGGAGACAGAGAUGAUGCUGUGAAGAGCAGGGAUGCCUCCGUGUGCCUUCCACCAUGCCCCAGAACAACCCUGUCCCUGAAAAAGAGAUUUGUGCCUAUAAGGAAGACUGCUGGAGUUUCAGACAAAGUUGUUGACCAAGAGGAACGCGAGGGUGAAUCCUCACAGAGAACUGUAAACAGGAUUAGCAUGCCUGCAAAGUUGGCUGCAGAAGAAGACCUUAAUUCAGAGGAACCUACAUUGGCUUUGGAGACUCAGCCAAUGCAGGAGUUAACCAGUAAUAUGGCGCUACGCUGGUCAGAUGAUGACGAAGAGGAAAAUGGUCCUGAAAAGUCAGCUAACUCGCCCAGCCCAGUCUUCCCACAGGAGAAUGACCUCCCUCAGCCAAGCAACCAGGGUCUCUCCCCAAACACCCACGACCACCGUUCCCCCCAACACAGACACAGCCCCUACCUCGUCCCCAAGAAACACACUCACAACUUCGAAGGUGCCGCGUGCGAGGAGGGGGAGAGCCAGUCCAAGUGCAUCCGGAAGAAGUUCACCUUCAAGGGCAUGUAUGGAGCCCCCUCUCCCUCUCUUCUCAGACAGGCUGCAGGUAGGAGCCAGGAUGAGGCCAAAGGCGGAAGCACCUCUUCCCACCAGCCCCUGGCCUCCUCCAGCCGCCUCUCUCCCCCCACAGACGGCCAGGGUUAUGGGGGAGUGGUGCGCUACUAUUGGGGUGUGCCUUUCUGUCCAUGGGGGCAGAACCCAGACGCCUACACACAGCUGAUCCUGUCCCAGCUGGAGGUGUAUGAGAAGAGCCUGAAGGAGGCCCAGAGGGGUCUGCUGAGGAAGGCAGGCUGGGGGGAGCCAGUCCUCCCUGGGCCCCCAGAGAAACCCUUCUCCAGGAGGGGACGCCUCGAGAGACGCAGGGCCCCACGACUCCUGGAAGAAGAGGAGAGCGGGGGAAAACGUCAGGAAGAGCUAGUGGAGGUGGUAGAAGAUGAUGAUGAUGAUGAAGAGGAGGGAGAGAAGAGGGCGAGACAACUGUCACGGUGGGGCGUGGAAGGGGGAGGGAAGAGAGGGAGGCAGGAGUGGAAGGACUGCCAGGAUCUGUUUGUGUCCUCUCCUGAACAAGAGAAAAAAUCUCCCUCCUCUGUAUUUCAUGCAGAUACCAGUCAGCUAAUUCUACUUCAAUGGAGACUUGGCCUUAGAAGAAAAGAGGAAAGACUAGCAGAAAAACAACCACCUGACUUACUGGAGGAGAGGGAGGAAGACAAGAAGGAAGAACAGAUGGAUGAUAAAGAGGGUGGAGAGAAGAGGGAGGAGGAAGAAGUGGAUGUCAGAGGCUUACAAGUUCCAGAGACACAACUCAGUGACGACAGCACUCAAGACCUCAUGGUCACCAGCUCUGCACAGCCCCAGCCAGAGAGCCAGUCCCUGCCUCAGAUCCAGACCUUUCUUUCAUCACCCCGUCCUCUGGAACUGCGUGAAGAGGGGAUGUUGGUGGUUGGAGAGGAGGGGCGGAGGAGUAGCCCUGUGGGGAUCCCUGCUAUAAGAGAGGAUGUUCGGAUGGAGGAGGAUAUCCCAGAGCCUGCCUUCCCUCGGAGCCCCAACAUGGACUGUCCCAUGUGCAUGCGUCUCUUCCCCCUGACGGAGAUUGAGAUGCACGCUGCCUACUGUGACGGUCCCACCGGUAUCAUGGAGGAGGAAAUGGCAGAGGAGAGCCACUCGCAGGUUUCAGUCAAGGCUCGUAGGAAGAGGACCAGAAGGGGUGAGAACAUUGGAGAGGAGCAGCCCAGCUCUUCUGGUUCUGGCAAGGUGGUACAGGGAGAGAAGUGCUUCCUGUGUCAGCAACUAUUUCCUCUCAAGUACCAUGAGAAGCAUGUAGAGGACUGCAUCAAGAACAAAGAGUUCUCCAAGGCUGCACCCAGAGACGGACAGCUCUUCUGGUCUUCUGUCUGUGUGACGAUCUUCCAGAGUGGAGACUUGCUGAGUGCUCUGGACCAGACAGAGCAUAUAUAUUCAAGGACUGCUGAGGCCAAACCAUGUGAUACUACCGUCAAUAACCAACAAAGUGGCCUGAUUGAUGAUCUGGACACAGCAGAAUCUGGGGGAAGAGGAGACUUCAUCGCCCCAGGUUUCAGAGUGAGCACCUCACCCAUCCAAUCCUUCACCCCUGUCUCAGAAGCCACAGACUGCCUUAUCGACUUCUAAUGCCAAUGCUCUUCCUCUACCUCUUCCUCCUCCAGGCCCAGCCAAAAAGAGAUUAAAGCAAUAGUUUACAAAAAAAUUGAUUCUAUAUCCUCCCAGAUGAGCAGCAAGAGGGCCAAACUUAGCCAGGAUUCCUCAGACCCGGGGAAAGUGUCUCCCAGCCUUUCCGUCUCUGAGUAGGACGAGGACCUAGGAGAGGUGUCAUCUCACCUGCAGAAAGACCUGAAUAAAUUACUGGGCAAAGACACCAAAAGGCUCCUCUUAAGAUGCUUCCCACCUUUGUGAGGACCACACCUAAUGGAACAGAGACUGGUGACUUCCUGGCACCAGAUCUGGGAGGGACUAACCUACGUGUCCUCUAUUUGAAGUUAGGAGUGGAGGAUCAGCAGCAUGAAAGAUGUUUACACCAUCCAUGAGGAGGUUGAUACGUCUGGAAAGGAAAAUGCCACAGGCACUAUCUGAUGUGGUUUCACUGCAGCUAAUGUAGAAGGAAAAGCUGUGUACAUUUGCAAAUACUGUGCCAAAUCAUAUGUGAAGAAUGCAACAAAGAUGCACAAUCAUCUGGCCAAGUGCAUAAAGUUCCCUCAGCGCUCACAACAAGCUACCUCUAACAAAAGUCCCUCUACAUCUAUUAGAAUCAGACACCUUAUCAAUAGCAACAGCUCAUGGUCCUUCUGGAAUCAGAGUUUUCUUUUUUACAGUGGAGGAACGUAGUCAGAGAAAUACUGAUAAAUGUCUUGCUCGAGCUGUGUAUGCAGCUGGUUCACCACUGAUGUUCACAGGCAAUGUGUAUUGGAAGAGAUUGCUGAAUGUUCUUUGCCCAGCACACACUCCUCCAACCAGACAUGCUUUAUCUACCGUAAUUUCAGGACUAUAAGCCGCUACUUUUUUCCCACGCUUUGACGCGGCUAAUUUAUGGAUUUUUCCCGCUUUCACAAGAUUCAUGUCGCCAAAAAUCUGAGCAUCGUCACAUAAUGUGACGUAAAUCGAGCGCGCUCAAACUUCCCAUCAUUCUGAUUACGGUAGUCAUUUUGUCACCCUCAUCAUGGCAAAGACACAGAGAAAUGCAUAUGAUGCAGCUUUCAAGUUGAAGGCGAUCGAUCUGCCUGUUGGAAAAGGAAAUAGAGCUGCUGACAGCGUGGAGCAUUGUCAAAAAAUCCACUAUCAUCAACGGGUUUCGAAUGGCUGGACUGCUGCGUGUUGAAGAGGGCAGCGAUCCAACAUCGGAUGAAGCAAUUCUGAGGCUAUUCAACUCCGACACCGAAGGAGAUGACUUCAGUGGUUUCAGUGCACAGGAGGAGGAAGAUAGUGACCAAUGACUUUCUUGGUAGGCUACUGUUUACUGCUAUUUUUUUAAUUUUUGUUACAAGCCGUGUUUAGUUUAAAGGCUGUGUAAAGUUCAUUUGUUUCAAUGUACCGGUAGGCACCUGCGCGGCUUAUUUAUGUACAAAAUACAUAUAUAUUUUUUAAUUCAGUGGGUGCGGUUUAUAUUCAGGUGCACUUAAUAGUCCAGAAAUGACGGUACUAAUUUGCAGGAUGCAGAGUUCAAGUGAAGGUCAAGUAAAUCAUAGAGAAAGCAGACUGUAUUACAAUCAUCUCUGAUAGGUGGUCGAAUGUUCGCGGGCAAGGAAUAAUUAACUACAUCAUCUCCACCCCGCAACCAAUAUUCUACAAGAGCACAGACACAAGGGACAACAGACACACCGGUCUCUACAUUGCAGAUGAGCUGAAGGCAGUCAUCAAUGACCUUGGACCACAGAAGGUAUUUGCACUGGUGACAGACAAUGCUGCGAACAUUAAUGCUGCUUGCUCACAUCACACCCAUUGGCUGUGCUGCUCAUGCAUUGAAUCUGCUCCUCAAGGACAUCACGGAACAGAAAACAAUGGAUACACUACAAGAGAGCCAAGGAAAUGGUUAGGUAUGUGAAGGGUUAUCAAGUUAUAGCAGCAAUCUACCUCACCAAGCAAAGUGAAAAGAAUAAGAGCACCACAUUGAAGCUGCCCAGCAACACCCGUUGUGGUGGUGUUGUCAUGUUUGACAGUCUCCUGGAGGGGAAGGAGUCUCUAAAAGAAAUGACCAUAUCACAGACUGCCAAUAUGGACAGCUCCAUCAAGAGGAUCCUCCUGGAUGAUGUAUUUUGGGAGAGUGGUAAGCAGCCUGAAACUCCUGAAACCUAUAGCAGUAGCCAUUGCACAGAUUGAGGGAGACGAUGCCAUCCUGUCUGAUGUUCAGACUGCUUGCCGAUGACAGAGAAGAAAUCCGUACUGCCCUGCCAACUUCACUGUUCCUCCAAGCAGAGGAAACUGCAGUUCUGAAAUGCAUCAAAAAGCGUGAAGACUUCUGCCCAAAGCCCAUGUUAGACCCCAAGUAUGCUGGCAAGAGCAUCCUGUCUGGUGCAGAGAUCAACAAGGCCUAUAGUGUCAUCACUACCGUGUCUCGCCACCUUGGCCUGGAUGCUAAGCUUCUUAACAGUCUGGCGAUGUACACUUCCAAGCAAGGGCUGUGGGAUGGAGAUGCAAUAUGGCAGUUAUGCCAACAUAUCUCAUCAGCCAUCUGGUGGUAGGGACUUUGUGGAUCUGAGGCUCUUUCCCCUGUUGCUUCCAUCAUCCUCCAAAUCCCACCAACAUCAGCCACCUCAGAGCGCAACUGGUCCUUGUCUGGGAACCCGCACACCAAAGCAUGCAACAGGCUGACCAUUACAAGAGUUUAAAAAUUGGUGGCCAUCCUGGCAAAUUUUAGACUUUUUGAGCCUGACAAUGAGCCAUCCUCAACAAGGUUGAGCUGUGCAUCACCCAAUGAAGCGCAGCUCACUCACUGGCGAUGGCCCUUGUGUCAAAAGCCUUUCUCUCUUGUUUUAGUUUGUAAAGCAAUGCUGUUUGCUCAGUAGGCCUAUUUGGAAGUUAAUAACAUACUGUAUUUGGUAGCCUAUAGGCAGAUUAGUUGUCUCUUUUCAGCAGGAGCCAUUUGCUUUCCUGUCUGUGGUUUCCCGCGAUUGUAUUUGAAAUAUUGCGAAAGGUCUGUUUUGGCUGCAUGCUGUUUGUUCACUGACAGAUUUGCUGAGUGUUCCAAACUAUAGGCUAUGCCUUGUGAUUGGGCUACACACAAUCCACAGUUAGCUAUUUUUUAUAAGCUAUUGAUCAAAUCAAAUUUAUUUAUGUAGCUCUUCGUACAUCAGCUUAUAUCUCAAAGUGCUGUACAGAAACCCAGCCUAAAACCCCAAACAGCAAGCAAUGCAGGUGUAGAAGCACGUUGGCUAGGAAAAACUCCCUAGAAAGGCGUCCGGUGAUCCUCUGUGGCUAAAUUAUAGGCCUACACCUGGUGUAGUCUUCUGAAUGAUUUCAUUUCUUUCUGAACAGACAGCAGUCAUUCUAUAUCUUUGGCAAAUGUAUGUCAAUUUAUCAGGGGUGCUGCGGCACCUCCAUCACCCUUCACGUGGACAGGAAGAUCUGCGCCAUACCCCAGGGUAUUAUGCUGGGGCCGCGAGAGCAGGUGUGUGUGGUACUGAGUUCACAAGAGUAGUCUUUCAUUGUAUGUUUGGGAUGUACAUGUUUUUACAGCUCAUCCCACCCCUCCCAUGAGGUGGUUAUUUUUUAAUCCCAGCUAGAAACGGUGCCUGUAAAUCCCUGUGUUGUUACAAUGUCAUACUUUGUAAGCAUGGACUUUCAAUGGUUCAUUUUAAGUCAAACUACAAAUAUGGGACAUUGACUGGAAAACUGCCUGUCAGCCACAAAGUCCUUUUUAAACUACUCAUGUGGCUGAUCAGGGAAACACAAGUCUUAUAAUUGAACAUAGACAUACUCAAGGUAAUACAUCUUGGUGACUCAUGAGGGCUGUGACUUUGCCAGGUUUUGAUGGCUGAAUGCCAUGCUCAGUUUUUAGAGAAAACACAUACGAUUCCCCAGCCUGCAUAGGUAUGAAUCCCCUUUCAGACCCGUCUCUUGGAUUUUCGCACACCGUUGUAAAAUGUUGACUCAUUGUGAUGUCUUUCCCUGUCCAGUGGUUUUACAUUGCGGCCUGCCUGGCUGAGUUCCUGGAGUCGAAGGAUCAGACGCUACCUCUGGGCUGUACCUUCUCCUUCGAGCAGAAAGACAUCGACAAGAGUAUCCUGAUCCGUUGGACCAAAGGCUUUCUUUAACUGUUCAGGAGUGGACGUGGUCAGGCUACUGAGAGAAGCCAUCCACAGCAGAGAGUUGCAAUGGUGAAUGACACUGUGGGUACCAUGAUGAGUUGUGGAUACAGGGACCAGAGUUGUGAGAUUGACAUGAUCAUUGCUUCAGUAAGCAGCUCCAGGAGACCGUAAGAAUCCUGGUCCCUAAGUGUGACAUCACUUUCCUCGUCUCGGAGGAUGGCAGUGGAAAAGGGCAAUGCCAUGGUAAUGGCGGUGGCACAGAAGCUGGCCAUAUCGCCCCGACUGUUAGAAGACAGCAGAUGAGGAAGAUGGAAAUUAAUAUGUUAGGUCAGAGGAGGCAUGCUGGAAAGACUACUUGAAAUGCAGCAUCAUAAAAAUGUCCCCCUCAAAUGCUUUUGUUGUACGGUACAUGCUAAACAGCUCACUCACUUUCUCCUACUGUAUGGAAAUUAAUGAAUUCAUUGAGGUGAACUUUUUUACAGUAGGCUAUUUUUUGUUGUUGUACAUGGUUAACUUUCAGUGAGGAAAUUCCCUAUUUUCUUAAACUUCUAUGUGAAAUAUGUAUUAUGUGUAACAAAUGUUACAUAAUUUUAUACUAGAAUGAAUACUUGUAAUGGGUAAAUUCUCACUGUAUUGCUAGUAUAUUUAGAGACCAGAUAUUUGAUACUUGGACAUCACUGCAGCUAUAUUUGAAUGGCAGCUUGGUAAUACAAUUAGUCUUGAAGUAAAAAUCUAUGAAUUUCAUGGUCAAGCCAAGUUCCACAGAAUGGAAAGAGACACAUGUUUACGCCCCCUGUUGGAGAAACUGUACAAAUGAACAUCAGGUCAUUAAAUCAAUGUUUUCCGCAAAAUUAUACAACUUUAGAAUAUUCAGUCAGUCUUAAACAACAGACACCUUUCUGAACACGUGUUAUGUUAAUCAAAACUUACUGCAAAUAAAGAUUGCUAGCAUUUGAUAUUGAUACAA